ACUGUCACUGUCACAAAUAUAUUAUUUUCAGUCAGCUGUUCGCACUGUAAGCACAGACACAAAUUUCAAGUAAAAUUUAUUCGAAACUUGUGCAAUCAAUAAUAAUAAUUUAUUUAAUUUGACAAAAAUUCAGCAUGAAUGUAUGUAAAAAUUUCAAGUUUCUCCGCAUCGCGAGAGAUUGUUGUAUCCGCAACCUGAGCGGGAGCAGAUUGCCCGGACCGAGGCUAUCUAAUGCCGGCACAUACACAUUGGAGCCACUGACGAAGCGGGAACUGGUGCGGGUCCAUGGAGCCGAGGCGAUGCCCUUUCUGCAGGGUCUGGUGACCAACGAUGUGUCCCGUCUGCAGGAGCCCAACGGACCCACGUCCAUGUACGCGCUGUUCCUCAACCGAGGCGGACGUGUGAUGUACGACACCAUCAUAUAUCGCACCAAUGAUCCGGACACGUUUCUAUUGGAAUGUGAUCGGGAUGCUUCGUCGGAUUUUCGUCGUCAUCUGCGCACAUAUCGUGUAAGGAAACGCAUUGACAUCGACACCGUGGAUGAUGAGUAUGUGCCCUGGGUGCUGUUCAAUGAGCAACGGACCAAUCAGAUAGCCACCAAGAAGACAGAGGAUCUGUUUAUUACGCAGGAUCCGCGUCUCGAAUCCCUCGGCACACGCAUCCUUGCGCCCACAGAUUUGGGCAUCAAUAAUCUGAUCAAGAACUUGUGGCGCCAUCAUGAGGUGGUCGCCUCCAAUUCCACACCCGACAGCAACUACACAUUGCUGCGGUACAAGCAGGGCAUUGGCGAGGGAAUCGAGGAGUUGCCGCCCGGCAAAUGCUUUCCACUGGAGGCCAAUGCCGAUUACCUCAACGGAGUCAGCUUCAACAAGGGCUGCUACGUCGGACAGGAGCUGACGGCCCGGGUUCAUCACUCGGGCGUCAUACGGAAGCGAUACAUGCCCGUGCGCUUCACCGCUCCGGUCAGCUCCAAUCACAUUGUCAAGUCGGUGGCGGGUGCCAAUCUUGGACGUGUGCUUGGCCAUGCCCAUAAUCGUGGAGUGGCUCUGCUGCGCAUUGAGCCGGUUCUGGGUAGCCAUCAGCAACUGGUCAUCGAUGGCGAACGCUGCUAUGUGGAUCGGCCACAGUGGUGGCCCAGCGAUGUGACCAGUAAGCGUGUCCAUGCCGCCAUCGAGUGACCCAAAGAAAACUGAACUAUUUUUAUUAUGUAAUUGAAUGUAAUUUUAGGCUAGCGCAAUUAGUAAAGUUGAUUCGUUUCCGAUCAA